AUGGUUGUGAGAUCUCUUGACAUAAAUAAAGAUUCAUUCCGACCUCAAGAAAAGGAUGAAGAGCUUCUUGGUGAUGAAACUUCAUAUCUCAGUGCUACUGGGGCACUAAUGUACCUUGCUAAUAAUACCCGAUCAGAUAUUUAUUUCACAGUAAGUUUAUUGGCGAGAUUCAGCUCAUGUCCAACAAGAAGACAUUGGAAAGGUGUUAAGCAUAUAUUCAGAUAUCUUCAAGGAAUAAUUGAUAUGAGAUUGUUGUAUUCUAAUGCAUCCAAGUCAAAAUUGAUCGAUUAUGCAGGUGCUGGCUAUUUGCCUGACCCACAUAAAUCCCAAUCUCAGACAGGCUAUUUAUUCACAUAUGGAGGUACAACUAUAUCAUGGCGUUCGAUGAAGAAAAUAAUAGUUGCUACUUUUUCAAAUCAUGCAGAGAUAAUAGCCAUUCAUGAAGCCAGUCGAGAGUGUGUAUGGUUGAGAUCAAUGACUCAACACAUUUUGCAAUUAUGCGGUCUUUCUGUGCAAACAAAGACUCCAACAAUAUUGUAUGAAGAUAUUGUUGCUUGCAUAGCACAAUUAAAGGGAGGAUAUAUCAAAGGAGAUCGAACAAAGCAUAUUUCACCUAAAAAAUAA